ACACAACACCUCUGGGGGCGGGAGGGAGGAGGACGGAGGAGGACGGAGCCCACCCAUCUACUCACUCAUUCACUCACUCAUUCACUCCUUGGGGCAGCUCAGCAUGGCCCACACAGAGGGAUCUUCCUCCUCCUCUUCUUCUUCCUCCUCCUCCUCCUCUCGGCUGCGGAGCUAGGAGGAGGCGGCCACAUCACAGCAGCGGGGCUCGCUUCCUCCUCCUCUUCUUCUUCGUCCUCCUUCUCCUCUUCCAUGAUCGCCAGGAUGAACGUUGCGCUUCAGGAGCUGGGCAGCAACGGACCCCUUGCAGAGCCAUGGAGCCAGGGAAAAUAAUGGCACAACCUCUGAGGAUGCCUGCCAUAGAUGUGGGCGAAACGUCAGGAGAGAAUGCUUCUGGAACAUGGCCAUAUAGCCUGGAAAACACACAACAACCCCAAAAGAUGGCGGAGUAUAAGAGAGCGAUGUUCCAGGAUGAGGAAGCGCCAGAAUCUGCCAGAGAUGGAAGCACCUCUCCUGACGGCGUGGAGGUGGGCUUCAGGAAAACCGAUGCCCCCUUGUUGAGUCGCCUGAGCUCCCGAACCCAGCUGAAGCUGGUGCUGUGUGCCAUCUCCCUCUUCCUGGCUCUGCUGCUGCUCAGUUCAGUCAUCGCUAUGGGCAUUCAAUACAGUAGAGACCCCACGCACAACACUUGCCUGACUGAGGCUUGCAUCAUCGUUGCUGGUAAAAUCCUGGAGGCUCUAGACCGGGAGACCGAUCCCUGUGAUGAUUUCUAUCAGUUCGCUUGCGGGGGUUGGAUCAAGCGGAAUCCGCUGCCGGAUGGCCGCUCCAAGUGGAGCACCUUCAACAGCAUUUGGGAUCAGAACCAGGCCAUCAUGAAGCACCUGCUAGAAAAUGCCACGUUCAACUCUAGCAGUGAAGCGGAAAGGAAGACCCAGCGCUUUUACCUGUCUUGCCUGAAGGAGCAGAAGAUUGAAGAGCUGGGCUCCCAGCCCCUGAUGGACCUCAUUGAGAAGAUUGGAGGCUGGAACAUCACUGGCCCUUGGAACCAGACUAACUUCAUGGAGGUCUUGAAACUGGUGUCGGGAACCUACCGGGCCUCUCCAUUCUUUACUGUCUUUGUAGGUGCCGAUUCCAAGAGUUCCAACAGCAACAUCAUCCAGCUGGAUCAGUCGGGCCUUUUCUUGCCCUCGCGGGAUUACUACCUGAACAAGACGGCCAAUGAGAAGGUGCUGGCUGCCUACCUGGAUUACAUGGUGGAGCUGGGGAUGCUCCUAGGUGGAGCCAGAGCAUCCACAGAGGAGCAGAUGCAGCAGGUGCUGGAGCUGGAGAUCCAGCUGGCCAACCUCACCGUGCCCCAAGAUGAACGCCGGGAUGAUGAGAAGAUUUACCACAAGUUAACCAUUGCCGAUCUGCAGGUUCUUGCCAAUGGCAUUGACUGGCUGGACUUCAUCUCCUCCUUCCUUUCGCCGCUUGAACUAACGGAUGCAGAGCCGGUGGUGGUUUAUGGCAAAGAAUAUUUGGAGCAAGUCUCCCAGCUCAUCAAUAACACAGACAAAAGCGUCUUGAACAAUUACAUGAUUUGGAACCUGGUUCAGAAAAUGGCAUCCAGCCUGGAUCAACGGUUUGAGACGGCCCAGGAGAAGCUCUUGGAGUCUCUUUAUGGAACCAAGAAGUCCUGCACCCCUCGCUGGCAAACCUGCAUUUCCAACACGGAUGACACUUUGGGGUUUGCCUUGGGAUCGUUGUUUGUAAAAGCCACCUUCGACCGACACAGCAAGCAGAUCGCCGAGGAUAUGAUCGCCGAGAUCCGCUCAGCCUUUGAGGAAUCUCUGGACCAGCUUGACUGGAUGGAUGAGAAGACCAGACAAGCCGCUAAAGAGAAGGCGGACUCCAUCUAUGAUAUGAUUGGCUUCCCAGAGUUCAUCCUUGAUGAUAAAGAGCUGGAUGACGUCUAUGAUGGGUACGACGUCUCAGAAGACUCCUUCUUUCAGAACAUGCUGAACUUCUACAAUUUCUCUGCCCGGUUCAUGGCAGACCAGCUGAGGAAGCCCCCCAAUCGAGACCAGUGGAGCAUGACCCCACAGACAGUCAAUGCUUACUACCUCCCAAACAAGAAUGGGAUUGUCUUUCCUGCAGGGAUCCUCCAGGCUCCUUUCUACGCUCGCAAUCACCCCAAGGCCCUCAACUUUGGAGGCAUUGGCGUUGUGAUGGGGCAUGAACUCACCCAUGCUUUUGAUGACCAAGGCCGCGAGUAUGAUAAAGAAGGGAACCUGCGUCCCUGGUGGCAGAAUUCAUCACUGGAAGCUUUCAAAAACCGGACGGAGUGCAUGACAGAACAGUACAGCAAGUACCUGGUCAAUGGGGAGCACGUCAACGGCAAGCAGACUUUGGGCGAGAACAUUGCUGACAAUGGGGGAUUGAAGGCAGCCUACAAUGCUUAUAAAGUUUGGCUAAAGAAGAAUGGUGAGGAGAAACACCUGCCGUCCCUGGAACUCACAAGCCACCAGCUUUUUUUCCUAGGAUUUGCACAGGUUUGGUGUUCUGUGCGUACACCGGAGAGCUCCCAUGAGGGCCUGAUGACCGACCCGCACAGCCCCGACAAGUUCCGGGUCAUCGGCACCCUCAGCAACUCUCGGGACUUUAUAGAGCACUUCCAGUGCCCCGUCGGCUCCCUCAUGAACCCUGGGAAGAGCUGCGAAGUGUGGUAGAUGGAGGAAGCGAGGCAAAAGAAACUGCCCCAUGGCAGGAGUCUGUACAUACAUACAACUGCCCCUUGCACAACCCAGCCCACAGGGACCAAGUUGAGCCCCGGCACUCACCUCCUUGGGGAGCCGUGGGGAAUCCAGGCAGCGGUGCCAGGAGAACAGUGAGCUUGCCCCGUAUUUCCCUCUUGAGCCCAUGCCACGGGGCAAGGAGGAGCAAAGCACAGCUUCAUUCCUCUCUGCUGACCACACCACUUGCUUCCUCCAUGAGCCCUGAGAAGACUAGCUGGCUCAGCUCUUUCAGCUUUCAUUUCUGGUCUCCAGUUUCCCCCAGGAAAUGUCUCCCUGAUCCUCUGUGGUGAUCUGGUGCUCGGACUCCUUGCCACGGCAGGUCCACUUUUCCAAAUCAGCUGCAGCCACAGAGCAGACAUAGCUUGGCCUUUGUAAGUGCUGUUUUCAGGAAUGGGUCUCAGAGAAGUGCCAUUAGGUUCUGGAUCACCAACAUGCUAUGGGGUUAGGGUUGGGGUGGGGAUUUCAAGGGAAGCAGUGCUGAUUCAGUGAGGACUUGCUUUGAUGGGGUUAGAAUUAUGGGAGCUUUAGGCACAACAAAAACAGCUUCAAAACUUGGUGGACUGAAAGGCAUAGAGUGAUAUCAGAAAAGCCUCCCCUGAUCAGUGCAAGAUCUUCGUGGUGUAUCAUUCUGUUUCUAUCAAACUGGAUCCUUCCAAAAGGCUUGCAAGCAAAACCCAAAAGCAACAACCCACCAAUCCUCUUUGUUUGCUUUCCUUGUACUGCCUGUUAUUUAGAGGUACACCGCCACUGGUAAUAGCCAUUGGUAGAAAGCCUGUACUCAUAUACAUCUUGAUCUUUCCCUAAUACAAAGCCAUCUCAACUAGUGGCCAUUAGGAUUGCCUGCAGUGUUCAAGGGCCAGAGCAUAGCAAAGAUUUGGAGGACUCCAUCAGUAGCAUCUCCUCACAUUCCCUUCACUUGUCCCCACUCCAUGCCAGGCUGUGAUGGUAGACAUAUGGCCCUCAACAAGUCAUAAAUCCAAAGAAGAAGCAUGGCUGUGGUGUCAGACAAUUCCCCCUCCUGCUAGCUUUGUGGAGAUGUAGCCAAGCCACUGGGACUGUGUUAACAGGAAAGGUCAUGUACACUUACGUACGCACAAUGCCACCCAAUCACUGUGGAAUGAUAGGACCUCCUCCUCUCUAGCGUUGCACCAACCAAGCUUCCCCACACCUUGCCCUGCUUCCCAAAGAGAAAAGUCCACACCUCUGUCAUUAGAUCUCUAGGCAGGUGCAAAACGCCCUGUUGAAAGCACACUAACCACAUGGCAGCUGGGCUUUGAAGAUCUCAGGUCUCAGAUCCCAGGAGAAAAGGAGGUGUGUGGGUCAGGUUUGCUUCCACGUUUGUUUCCGUUUCCCUCCCCCUCAGGCUUAUUCUCAGUUCCAGAUCAGCUUGGCUUUAGAAAUUCCAAACUUGCUCCCAUCCCUUGAGCUCGGUGAGGACUAGUGCCUUGGAUUUAGCGUAUGAGUGUGUGUAUGUGUGUGGGGGGGGCGGGGAGGGAUGCCAUUGGUGUAUUUAAUUAUUAAAAGCCGUUUCCGCUUGAUUACUUCAAUGUGGUCUUCAAAUGUGUGGCGCAAAUAAAAUGUAAAGAUUGAGAAGAAAACACAAAUCUCCAGAAAUUAGA